AACGUAACCAUCAUAACGUAACCAAAAUUCGAUCAAAAUAAAUCAGGAAAUUCACAAAAAUCAUUAUUCGCACCUGGAACAGAAAGAAAAUGCACCAGCCUGGCCUUCUGCAGCUGAAUAGAUUGCACUAAGGCAGCAUUUCGAAUCCGAAACGUAGGAACUAGCCCUCAGCGAAAUCAUGGAGGAGAAUAUGUGGAUCAUCGAGCUGGAGUCGGCACUGCUGGACGACUGCAAUGUCAACGACAUCUACGGCAUAUGCCAGGGUAAGGCUCUGCCGGAGGCACUGCGUCCGGACGUGUGGCAAGUGUGCCUGGAUGUGCGCCACAAAUCGGAUCAAAUGUCGCUCUUCAACGAGAUCUACGACCUGCCCUUCCAGAGCCAGCUGCGCGAGGAUUGCCAGCGGCACGUCGAUCGCAUGGGUAACGACGAGGAGGACAAGGUCUCGGUGGUAUCCGACCUCGAGUCCAUCAUCACUUUCUACUGCAAGAACAGAAACCUUCAGUAUGAGCCGGACAACGGAUGGAUUGAACUGCUGCUCCCGCUGUUCGCCCUGAAGCUGAAUCGCUCCGACACAUUCAACCUGUUCGAGUCCAUACGGGACACGUACAUACCCAAGGGUUGCCGGCCCAAGGGCAAUGUCUUUCAUGUCUUCCGACUGCUCCUGCUAUAUCACGAUCCGGAGCUGUGCACGCUGCUGGACACCAAGAAGAUCACGCCCGACUUGUACUCGCUGACCUGGUUCCAGUCGCUUUUCGCCUCCUGCAGCAGUCUGUCAGUGAUCAUUGCCAUGUGGGACCUGUACUUCCAGAACGCCGAUCCCUUCAUGGUCUUCUUCCUGGCGCUAAUAAUCUUGAUCAACGGCAGGGAGCAGAUCCUGCAGAUGAGGAGCUCGUCCAAGGAGGAGAUCAUCAAGUUCCUGGGCCUUAUGCCGUGCGCCUUGGAGUUCGACGACGUCCCCGACUUUUGCUCCCUGGCGCAGUACUAUGCGCUGAAGACACCAACUUCAUUCAAGACGGACUAUCUGAAGGCGCUGUACGGCAAGCAGAAUGAUACACCGCGCAGCCAGGAGGAGGCAAACAAGGUGUCACAGGCCCUGUGCCUGCCCGUCUCCGUUUACGAGCUGGUAGAGAACUCGGCCACGGAGUUCCCUGUGCCGGAUGCAGUGCGUUUCUUUCUCGUUGACUGCCGCCCGGCCGAGCAAUACAACGCCGGCCACCUGUCGACGGCAUUCCACCUGGACUGCAACCUUAUGCUCCAGGAACCUGUCGCCUUUGCCACUGCUGUCCAGGGCCUCCUGACCGCCCAGCGGCAGGCCAUCGAGGCCAACUCGAACGCCGGCGGCGAGCAUCUGUGCUUCAUGGGCAGCGGUCGUGUCGAAGAGGACCAGUACACACACAUGGUGGUGGCCUCGUUCCUGCAGAAGAACACCCACUACGUGUCGCUGCUGACCGGUGGCUACACGUCCAUCCACGACUACUUCGGCGAUCACAUGGCCGAUUGCCUGGAGGAUCACAAUGUGCGCAAGUGCCUCGUCUGCCAGGAGCACAACGUGCAGCAGACUAAAUCAACGCCGCUUAAGACUUCAACGCCAUCCUCUACCGACCUAUUCAGCAAGUUCUCCGCCGCCAUGAAGUCAAAGUCUGCCGAGGUCAAGGGCAAACUACUGGACAUUAUCGUGAAUCCCAGUGCAAACGGCGGAGCCACGGCCAGCGGCUCCAAUGGUGUGCCAUCGGCGCCAGUGCAAGAGCGUCAUGUUAGUGCGAAGGAGCGGAACGGCAAGCGCUACCGCAACGUGGCACCUGUGUUCAGCAUCGACGAUGAGAACGAGGAUGCCUUGGACGGAGCUGGGGAGCGGGAUGAGCCACCGCUGACCGGCGACGGAAAGGAGAUAGUGAAUCUGAACCAGUACUUCAAGACGGCGGACAUCAUCAACGCCUUCAAGUGCCAGGAGGUGCACAUGAGCGGCUACAUGUACGACAGUCACUUGAUCAUCACGCCCGGGCAACUGGUGGUGCUGCGGGAACUGGGACGCGGACAGGCGCAGAUAAUGGUGCGUCGCCCGCUGGCCAGCAUCGUGAAGAUCACGGCCAAGAAGCGACACCGCGACCUCAUCACGUUCAAGUACGGAUUCCCCGAUGGCGACGGCCUGCUCAUAACCGACAUGGACCGCUUCCUCAUCCCAAAUGCGGCCGAGGUUACGGCACUGAUUUCAAGGCUCAUCGUGCAGGUGCUGGACGACGCCAAGUAGGCUAAACCGGACAUCCUCCGCAUGCUUUCCUUGUUUCCGCCUUCCCGCAUCAAGCUUUAUUUCAUGAACGGCCACUGAUGAAAAAUCAGAGACACAAAGUGCAAUGCGCCGCUGCGAGCGGUGUAAUAGUUUGUAAUUGGCAUUGUUUUCCUUGUAUUAGCUGAAAUAGUAUAGUUCUUAUUGUAAACGAAGCCCUGGCUGCAAUUGUAACAUAGUGCACUCGGUGCAGAGACCGGAUUUGAGGAACCAGAAAAUAGGCGAACGUAGUCGCGGAUCACACGCCCAUCCCCAGCAUGCCACGCCCCCGCCCCGAUUUUCUAAAUUUCUAAGUGCGAAGAAGGAACCCUUACCGAAGCCCUGAGACUUACAACGUGUACAUGAAGAGAGUAACUAAUAUUUAUUGCAAUCAAACCAAACAAAUAAAACUGUAUUAUAAUCGACA